AUGGCGAAACGGGUGCUUUCCAGCACACUCAAGAACUUGAAGUUCAUGACUCAAUAUGCAGCUCUAAGAGAGGAGAAAUCCAAGAGAGAGGAGGAUGAAGUGAAAUCUGAUGUCAAUAUUUUUGGAACUCCCACAAUAAGUAGAAAAUGUAUUGUCAUAAUGGAAGGUGAUCCCCAUCCAGAAGCAAUUAAAGGUUGGAUGUCAUUUCAAAGUUUUAAUCCACGAAUUAAUAGACUCAAUGAAGAAGACGCAAGGCUCCAUCGGCCAGCAGCUGAAACUCCUAGUUCUAAGAAUCAAACCGGAAAUAUUUCUGUUAGAGAAAAUGGACUUCCACUAGAUGGUUCAAAUUGUGCAAACACUACCAAUGAGAUUAGUGGCGACCUCAAAGGGAAACAGUCUGAAGUAACGUCUGAAGCACAAAAUCCAACUAAAUUGCCCAAGAAUUAUAAUGGCGAUGACUAA